UAUGCGGGAUUUUUACUUGUAAUACUGUAUUGUUUUGGCUCUGGUUGCAGCUUUGAUAAAGUUUUGAAGCAUCUUAGUUCAGGAGUAUACCUUUGUUUCUGCAUUGGUGCCCACGGUGUGCAGAAAGUGAGUAACCAGUGCGCAUGGCACAAGGCAACACGGCUGGACUUAAGUGAAAAUGUAAAUCCUCUGUUAACUGAGGACAUUCAAUAAGGACGCACGGGGAUGCUCCUUUCCCUCAGGCAAGUGCACAACCUAAAUGUCUAAUUUUAUCCGCUGCCCUUCUUCUACAGUGGUGGGAUGCUGUCGUCUCCGAUUUGUAGCGAAGAGAUAUCUCACCAUAUAGGACGCAAUGUGCCACUCUAACGUCCACAUGAAAGCUGCAGCUCUACACUUCUCCAGACCAAGCAAGCCUGAGGUUAGAUGACUUUAUGUGAGAGCGGGAACGGGCUUUUCCUGCGGCACAUAAAUCUGUAACUUGCAUAAUUUCCAGCGUCAGUGAAACAUUUUGGUGCAGCGGACCCAGAGGAUACUACUACUGCUGCUUGCUUGCACUGCACAAAGAAGCGUGCAGCGCGUCCGGUUGGAUUGAAGCUGCAGUCCACUUCACACAAACUGCAUUGCUACAACUAUAAGAGAACAUGUAUCCAUCAUGAAACAAUGCCCCGGCAGCUUUUCUUAUGAAGUCUUUUGUGGAUCUACAGACUUCCAUCCACAAGUGGAGCGUUUUUCUAUCAGCUACAGAUAAAAUCACUUCACAACUACAAUGGGACAACGUGGUGGGCUAAGUAGAGGAAAUGUUGCCUAUAGAAGUGCAGUGAGAGUGCAGGGAAGCGACUUCCAGAGGACACCUGCAGACGAGUGAAUGCCGUCUCCGAUGUGGAGCUUGUCGCUGUCCGACGCGCGCGUGGUGCUGAAAUUUGGAUGAUGCCUGGCCAGCGACUGCAAGACUGCCGCUCCUUGCACCUCAACGAGGACAACGGCCGCUUCGCGCUGCUCGCCGUCCUCAUCGUACUGUACCUGCUGUGCGGCGCUGCGGUCUUCUCGGCCAUAGAGAGGCCUUCGGAGCUGCGGGCUCACGGCCGCUGGAACGGGACGCUCCUCAACUUCAGUGAAACCUUCAACAUCAGCCUGCAGGACCUCAACUCCUUUCUGCGGGAGUACGAGGCUGCCAUCGCCGCCGGGAUCCGGGCUGAUGCUCUGAGGCCACGAUGGGAUUUUACAGGGGCUUUUUAUUUUGUUGGAACUGUGGUGUCGACUAUAGGUUUUGGGAUGACAACGCCUGUGACAGUUGCAGGCAAGGUGUUCUUGAUCUUUUAUGGGCUUCUGGGCUGUGCUGCCACCAUCCUCUUCUUUAACCUCUUCCUGGAGCGCAUCAUCACACUGCUGGCUGUGGUAAUGAAGGCGGUGAGGGAGCGUCGAAUUAGGAACAGUGGCCUACUCCCACCAGGCAUCCGCCAUGACUUUUCAGCCUACUCCCUCCCCGGCUGGAAGCCCUCUGUGUACCACGUGAUGCUGAUUCUCGGCCUGUCAGCCAUCACUAUCUCCUGCUGUGCAUCAGCCAUGUAUACCCCCGUUGAGGGCUGGCCGUACUUAGACUCACUUUACUUCUGCUUUGUCACCUUCAGCACCAUCGGAUUUGGGGAUUUUGUCAGCAGUCAGAGCGCGGCUUACGAAUACCAAAGCCUCUACAGAGUGGCCAAUUUCCUCUUAAUUUUAAUGGGUGUGUGCUGCAUCUACUCACUCUUCAAUGUCAUCUCUAUUGUCAUCAAGCAGGUGCUCAACUGGAUUCUCGAAAAAAUGAGCUGCUUGUUUUGCCAGCGCUGCAAUAAAGCCAGCGCCCUCCUGGGCAGACGCAAUGCCAUCCGCCCAGGCUCCAAGGGUCGCCAGGGUCGACUUGGCCAGCCGUCUGACUCAGAUGGACCUUGUGAUAGUGAUACUGAGGGACGCAGACUAUCAGGGGAAAUGAUCUCUAUGAAAGACUUAGCAGCCUCUAACAAGGUGUCACUGGCCAUCAUGCAGAAGCAGCUGUCUGAGUCGGCCAACGGAUAUCCCAGGACAGUCUGUGGCAGCUCACGCCAUAAUGGUUUCUCUGGGGGGGUUGGCGCCCUCGGUAUCAUGAACAACAGGCUGGCAGAGACGAGUAACUCCAGGUAGAGGACACAGUGAGACAGGAAUUAGGGGAACUCUUGAUUCUCAUACUGUGUAACAAACCCUGAGGUUGAUCGCCAUAGAAACAAACCAAGGCUUUUGAGAUGGAUUGCCAGUGUAACUUGUUACGCAUGAUACCAUUUUUUUUGGAUACUUUUGGUUGGAAUUACGGUACAAGCCUGUGUUGAUAAUACAGAUAAUGAUGGUGAUGGUUCUGGUGAUGAUUUGAUGAUGAUGGCACGAGAGAACCACAGAUUCAACAAAAGAACAUGAGUUGAUCUGGAAGCGUGGGGAGUGACCACCCAUCACCCAUUACAUUAACCUCAAAUCCAAACCAGAACAAAUCACUGAGAUGUCAGUGUUAGUCUGCAGAGGUCUGUUAUAUAUGCUUAAUAUAUCAGACUUAUACAAAUGAAAUGAUGUGCUGUUAGGGGAAGCAUACAGUGCAAUCUUCACUGUGUUGGUCUUUUGUCAGUUUAUUUGAAUGUACAUAUGGAAUGCUGAUAUUAACAAGACAAGUGUAUUCACUGAAUGACAUAGCACAUACUGAUCUAUGCAUUAUACUUCUCAUGCAUUUUUUGCACCAUUUCUACACCUUCCAUUGAUUGUGCAAACCCCAUUUCUUUCAUAACACGAGUCAAGUUGUACCCUCAGGUGAUUGAUUUCCUUUCUGUGGGCAAGUGGGGGAAGUAGAGUUUCUCUAAGCAUGGCUGUGAUGUAGCUGAUUUCAACAGGGAUGUAGAGAGUAAUUUCUUAUUGCUGAAGAUGGAGAAAAGAGCAGAGUUGAAUGAAGAAUGAAAAUGCAUUUCUGGUGAGAGAGGAACUGGCCUUCUUAUCAGCUCAGAAAAUGCUUGGGUGGCCAAAGACUUUGACUUGAAGGGUAAAAGAAGGCAUUACUUAAUGCUUUCUCUCUCUUCUUUUUCAAGCUUAAAGCUGUCUGUGAGGAAAACAAAUGAUAAAGGCUUGCAAUGUAUUAAUAACUCUUUGAAUGCCAAAUGUAGAAUUACGGAUUUGUAUAAACAGAAUAAAUGAUAAGUAAGUUUUUAGUUUGUUUGAAGUGAAAUAUGAGGGAUGGAUGCAAAAUGGAUGGUGUUAUCCUAUAGGCACAUUAUGUUAAAUGAUACAGAUUGAAAGUAGCCGGGUCAAUCUCUGAUGCUGGAGUGGAAGACAAAACCCAAAAAAUCCUCUCGCUUGAAUUAAUUUAUGUUUUGGGGAGAUUUUCUGUUUUGAUCAAGAUUGACUUUUUGGCAGAUGCAUGGCUCUCUCUGUGGAACAAAGCAUGAUAUUAAAGAGGUUGAUUUUCCUCAAUUUCAGUGUAAAUGUGUAGCCGAGGUUUAAUGGAUGGAGGGUGUUUGCGGAGGAUGCUGUGCUACCCUGUCAGGCCACGCGAUCGAUGUCCUACUUGCCAGCAACUAUCUCUUCCAGGGCACUUGUGAU